AUUAUCUUAUAAAAAAGAAUAACAUCUUAUCCUAUUUCUUAGCUUUAAGACUCACAUUUUUUUAAAAAUGAUUUUGGUUAUUGUACUCUUGGCCAAUUUAUUAUCAUUGUCUGCACAUAAUAUUGUGAAAUUAUACACUGGCGACUUUGAGGAAAUUGUUUUAAAUUCGGAAGACACGUGGUUAAUUAGUGUUGAGUCGUCUAUGGAUGAAGUUGAAAAUGUGGAGAGACGAUAUCGUGGUCUAUUUCGAGUGGGUUGGACGAGCAAGGCAGACAUUUUAAAAGAUCACAAGGUAAAUCUAAGUAAAGACACACUGUAUCUUGUUUAUCCGUACGGUUCAGAAAAGCAAAAACAACAAAAAGUCAAAUUAACAAAGUCUAUGGAAAAUGCAGUUGAAUUGGCUUUAAAGAGUAUCCCAGAUAGCACAGUUAUUUUACCGAACAGAAUUGAAGGUCAAAAUGUUAAAUUGAGGGGAUUCUUCGAACAAGCAUAUGCUUCGACUCCAACGAGAUUUCCGGUGGUGUAUUUUACUAAAGCCACCGAAACACCAGUUGAAGUGAAAGUUCUGGCCCUAAAAUACUCCACACUCUUUUCCUUUGGAAUCAUCCGAAAACCGUCAUCUGAAACUAUGGCAACAUACAACAUCAAAACAUUACCGCAUUUCACUGCAUUUAUUGUGGACAAUUUGGUAAAAGAAAGGCAACCUCGAAUAAAGAAAAUUCAAUUCGUUGACAAAUUAUAUGGCCCGUUGAAAUACUCAAUGAUGGUUCGCUUUUUGUAUUUGUUACAUAAAUACCAUUUCACAGAAUUGCCAUAUUUAAGCGUUCACAAAGUAGACAUUGAUUUAGAUUCAAUAUUUUUUGAUGAUUUGGAUAAAUUUAGUGAGAAUUACUUAAAACACCCUUUAAAUGUACCAUCCAAUAAGAAAGAACUUUGAAGCGAAGUUGUACGUGCAGAAUAUUUAGACAAGUAUUUAUCGUGAGUGAACAUCCUGUCAGUAGUAAAUGCCACUUCCUUCCCAGGGCAAUUCGCCUUUUUGCAUUUGUAAUAAUCGGUGUAAGACCAAGAGACUCCGGGCAUGAGGAUGUAGUAAAUAAUCAAACAUUAGAAUUCACUUAUGUGAGUUUUUACAAGAGAUGAAUUAGAAUGACAUACGAAUAAAUUAUACAAAAGUAAUGUGUAGUACAUUCAUUAACUUUUAAUUUUUUAAUUUUUUUUAGGUCAUUUCUCGGUGAUGACCGGCCUGUUAUCCCAAAUCUUUCAAGUCUGUUUCUAACAUGAAUAGAAGGACACAAACAAAUAACAAACUUAGACUUA